UAUAAAACCUCAGAAGCUCCAGUGCUCCUCACACAGCCAGCAUCUCCUCUCCUCACUCAUCCUUCCUGGUGCUUUGGGGUUCUGUUCCUCCUUAGACAAGAUGUCUCACCAGAAAAAGCAGCCCACCCCUCAGCCCCCAGUGGGCUGUGGGAAAACCUCUGGCGGCGGCGGCGGCGUCUUCUAUAGCGGCGGCGGCGGUGGCUCUGGUAGCUGCGGCGGUUCCGGGGGUGGUGGCGGCGGCGGCUGCUCAGGUGAAAGUAUCAAGUAUUCCGGGGGCGGCGGCAGCUCUGGCUGCGAAGGCUACUCCUCCGGCGGCGGCUCCUCCGGUACCAUCUGCUACUCCAGCGGCAGUGGCUCCUCCGGUACCGUCUGCCAGUCCAGCGGCGGCGGCGGUUCCGGGGGCAGCUGCUACUCCAGCGGCGGCGGCUCCUCCGGUACCGUCUGCUACCCCAGUGGCGGCGGCUCUUCCGGUACCGUCUGCCAGUCCGGCGGCGGCGGCGGUUCCGGGGGCGGCUGCUACUCCAGCGGCGGCGGCUCCUCCGGCCAGCAGGUCCAGUGCCAGAGCUACGGAGGCGUCUCUAGUGGGGGCGGCUCUGCCUGCGGCGUCAUCUCCUCCGGGGGCGGCUCCAGCUGCGGCGUCAUCUCCUCCGGGGGCGGCUCCGGCUGCGGCGGCAUCUCCUCCGGGGGUGGCUCUGGAUACUUCUCGUCCUCCCAGACCUCCCAGACCCCGUGCUUGCCCCAGCAGAGCUACGGAGAAGGCUCAUCCGGCGCCGGCUGCGGCGGCGGUUCCUCCGGGGGCAGCGGCUGCUUUUCCAGCGGUGGGGGCGGCAGUGGAUCCGUCUGCCUGGGAGGCUCCUCCGGGGGUGACGGCGGCUGCAUCUCUAGCGGUGGGGGCGGCAGCGGUUCCGGCUGCGGCGGCGGCUCCUCCGGGGGUGGUUCCGGGGGCGGCAAGGGCGUCCCAGUCUGCCAUCAGACCCAGCAGAAGCAGGCGCCUACCUGGCCUGGCAAGUAAGGCCCCCCCGAGCUCCACGGAGACGAAGAGGCUGGAGGUGUUCUCCGUGGGCGUCGAUGGGCUUACCGCUCUCAUGAUAUUGCCCUGAGGUUUCUCAGCCCUUCUAUCUGAAUCCACCAUAAGAAGCCACUGAGCUCUGGAGCUGCGUCUUGUUCUGCAGUUUUCCCUCCCUGGUUUCUAUACAACUACCUCCUAAUUCCAGUACCUUCUCAGUCAAUAAAUUUGCAAUUCAUGAGAA